ACAAUCCGAAACAUUCCUAUCCAAGCUUCCGGACACCAAUCUCGACUGUCCCGCAGUUAAACAUACGUACAUCAUGCACUGAGCCAACGGAAGAACACAGACAAAAACAAAUUGAAAUCGGGGGAUAUAUUUUCUCAACACUCGGUCGCGGUAUCUGGGAGGAUUCCAGCGAACUGCAUCGUGUCCUACUCUAACACAUGUUUUGGGAGAUUCACUGGUGAAGGCUGAGAGAAGGAUUCAACACCAACAAAGAUAGCAACUAGAUUUUUACUUUUUACAUGGAUUUCAAUCUUGGGUCAAUAAUUAAAAACAGACACAAUCAGAUGAAUAUUUCUAUAUAGCAACCCGUCAAGAUGGCGGAGAGCCACGCCUAUUCGGCUCACCGGAUAGACGAGCUGCUCAGGUGUGCUAUAUGUCUGGACAGGUACAACAAUCCCAAACUACUCCCAUGUCAACACACCUUCUGUGAAUCCCCCUGUUUAGAAGGCUUGGUGAGGGGGCUUACUAGAACCCUGAAAUGUCCCGAGUGUCGUGCGGAACACAUCGUUCCUUAUCGUGGUGUGUCAUCGUACCCAAAUAACCUGACUAUACAGAAUUUCCUCGACCUUCGUCCAAUCGAUCCUGACGUCAGACCACCGGAAUUAGCUGGUGCAAACGAAGCAAGUGGUGAUGAUCCUUUUUUCUUUAUCCCCAACGGGGCAUGCUGCGCAGCAGCGGAAGAGGAAGAAGAUGAACUGGAGGAGGAAGAAGAGGUGGUCCUGUCGAGAUAUCCCCGAUUUCAAAAUCGUAUAUCACACGCAACGCAGGCGCCGCGGAGGCGGUGUCCGAUUUGCUCCCGUGAAGUGGACAUUAUGCGGUGCUCUCACUGCGACCAGAUAAUCUGCGCCAACUGUAAAGACUCUCACAUGGAACAAAUUCAUCGCGAGGUUUCUCUUGUUCUGGGACAGCUAAAACGAGGUGCGCCCCGACUAACAGAUAUAGCUGGUAAUCUGGAACGUAAGAUGGACGCGAUUAGACAGAGAGUUGAUUCCGUCAAAUCGGAUAUAACCGAAGCUAUCGAACGUUACAUCAUUGAUUUGAGAUCGAGGCAGCGUUUGCUGCAUAACGAGGCAGAGACAUUUCUUCAGGGAGAAAUUCGAACUUUGACUUUGCAGAAAGAUAAUGUCGAAGUUGAAAUGGCAAUGUUAGCGUCUUUCGUUGAAACAAACGAAUCACUUUUUAGGAGACGUUUCUUAGUUUUGCCAGAUGAUGACGUAAUGGAUUUGAAGCGACAGAGCGAAAAUCUACUGGAAAAACUUCGGAGCUACAAUGCAGACCGUUACCGCCUCCCGCAAGACAGAUCGAUCGAAUUUAACACAGAUGGGACUCGAAUUUCAAACUUCAUAUCCAAUUUUGGUGAAAUAAACACAUCCCCGCCGAGAUUUUCGAUGACAGAUGAAUCAUCCAGUGAUUCUUCUAUUGAAAACACGCUCCCCGUGACGUCAGAAGCGACGAACUUUCGACCUUCCUCCAACCAAUCCCAGAUUCCGUUGACUCUCCCGCCAUUAUCUUCCACCCAAUCAGCAGCUUCCUAUCAACUCCCGACGGUUCCGUCAACUACAGCCGUCACAACGCAGUCCUCCCCUCACGCCGCGUCACUAUAUCAACAACAGUCCCUUCUAGUGGACGAGGAACUGCCAUUCUUUGUCAACCAGGACGACCUCCCCGUUCAGUAUUCAGACCCACCUUCCUUCGAACUUGAAUAUUCCCCGAUAUCUUCUCCACUUCCGGUGACAAAUCAACCUAUGUUCUUUAACUCUACGUCUUCAUACCCCCGUCCCAUGCACAGCUCCACCAGCAGUCAAGUGAGAACGUCCGGCACAACUUACUCUCAGUCGCCUCGUUUUGGACUAGACUCUACCUACCCUACGUGGACAACCUUGACAACAUCCACAACAAGGCCGACGGCUUCAACCACAAGAUCACCGACAAACCCAUCAGUUUACACGAGCGCGGCGUCCUCUGCCCCCGUGUCGUCUGCUUACGCCGGGGGCUCUGAUACCUGGAGACUUCCAUAUUAUGCCAGAGACUUUGACACUGAUUCAGAAACAAGUAGCGAGGGAGUAAGAUCUGCGCGACGUUCACUGUCACUACAAGAGAGAAGACGUCACAAUCUGUCUGACACAAGGUUAGCCACGCUUCUUGGCGGCUCCACCCCCUCCUACAACAGCCACCACCCUCUCUCUGCUUCAGAAAGGCGGUUCAGAAGUCUAAGCACAGGGGCCUCGGCGUAUAGACUGAACGAGGCCCGAGCACUGAUCGCGUCCACGCGACAAGCUACAGCCGACCGAAUCAGAUCGAUCGUAGAGGAAUCGCACGAUUCAACCUCUCCCAGUAGAAUAGACAGGGGCAGUCCAGUGGAAAGAAACAGCAGUCCGACAAGAGUAAGGUCCCUUAGUUCCAGUCCACGAUCCCGUCCUCCCGUGCGGUUCAAUAUCCACUAUGAUGAUGGUGACGAUUCAGACUCGUCCACUUCCGGUGAACUGUUACUUGUGCGGCCGUCGGUGACUUUUUACGAAAACGAAAGCACUGUCGUUGCAAGUUCGCUUAUUAGAUACACGGACAAAGGAAGAGCGAUAUUUCAGGUAGGAUCACGUGGAACCGAGCACUCUGAAUUCACCUGGCCAAGGGGGGUAGCAACGACGUCCAGGGACAACCAAAUCCUGGUGGCAGACAGCCAUAACAACCGAGUACAGGUGUUUGACAACAGGGGACAGUUUGUGAGGUCGAUCGGGAACUACGGGACGGGGGACGCGGAGUUUGACUCAGUGACUGGUAUCGCUGUCAACAGCUUCGGACAGAUCGUGGUGACGGACAGAAUGAACCACAGGAUACAAAUCUUCGACCACAACUGGAACUUCCAGCUGACCUUUGGAGAGGAGGGUGUGGAACCGGGGCAGCUACUGUACCCGUGGGGUGUGGCCAGUGACAACAUGGGCUUUAUUUACGUGUGUGAUAAAGAGAACCACCGGGUCCAAGUGUUCCAGUCCAACGGUCGGUUUGUCCGUGAGUUUGGCAGUAUGGGACACAGGUUAGGAUGUUUAGAUAACCCCCAUUACCUGGCGAUAAGUCCGGACAACCGUGUGUACGUGACGGACAGCAACAACCACCGUAUCCAGGUGUUCAGUAUGUACGGCGACUUCCUGUUCUGUUUCGGCUCCCAUGGUUCACUCCAAGGAGAGAUGAAACUCCCGAAAGGCAUUGCGAUAGACGGUCAGGGGUUCGUCGUGGUAGCGGACAGCGGGAACAACCGUAUCCAAGUGUUCCAUGGCGACGGGCGGUUCUACUGUAUGUUUGGUUGCUAUGGCAGCGAGAGCGGACAGUUCCGUGGUCUGGAAGGAAUCGGUAUCCUUGGUAACGGUGACGUUGUUGUGAGUGACAGGGAAAACCACAGGAUUCAAAUGUUCUAAAAUGAAAAGUUUUUUUCGCGACCAAAAAAGUUGGUAAUAUUUUUUUUCUCGUAAAAUUAUGUAAUGGUUUCGAUGCCAGCUUUCUAGCAUUUUGAUUAAGGUGCUUCAAUGUGAAUUUAUUUUCACGGGCAUGAAUACAUGGAAAAUGUAUAUGAAUUCUAAGUGUGCCAAAAUUUGAUGUGUUGAUGUGUAGUCUCAGGUCGAAUUGCACCAGACAAUCUCAGUGAGUGAAAGUCCGGUAAAUUGUUUGCUUUGAAUUUUAGUUGGACUUUAAGAUGGCUGGAUGGCAGCGGUCAUUUUCAGACUGUAUUGGUCUCAAGUUUGUGAGCUUUGUGUAAAAAUAUAGAAUAAUAUUUACUUAAGUUUUAACGUUAAAAUAUUUGAAUUUUAACUUACUAAAUGAUAGUUGAUAGCUUAAAUGAUCAUGUCCAAAAAUUUUAAGAUGGUUAAUUUGGUGAUCACCCUGCCUCCUUAAAUGUGAAUUUCGUUUUUUUGGGGGGAAG